AUGAAGUUCUCGCAGGCGUUGCUUUCCCUGGCCAGCCUGGCGCUGGCCGCUGCGCUCCCUCACGCGUCAACACCUGUGUACACUCCUUCAACUACACCUUCUCCUACUCCUACUCCAUCCGCAUCCGGAUCUUUCGCUACUACUUCGGGCAUCCAGUUCGUCAUUGAUGGGGAAGCAGGUUACUUCCCAGGCUCCAAUGCGUACUGGAUCGGGUUCCUGAAGAACAACAGCGACGUCGAUCUCGUCUUCGACCACAUGGCCUCAUCUGGCCUGCGCAUCCUCCGCGUUUGGGGCUUCAACGAUGUGAACACCGCUCCCACUGAUGGAAGUGUUUACUUCCAGCUACAUCAGGACGGAAAGUCGACCAUCAAUACCGGCAAGGACGGACUCCAGCGCCUCGACUAUGUUGUUCAUAGUGCAGAAAAACACGGUAUCAAGCUGAUUAUCAAUUUCGUGAACUACUGGGAUGAUUAUGGUGGCAUGAACGCGUACAUGCGGGCUUAUGGGGGCGGUGACAAGGCCGAUUGGUUUGAGAAUGAGGGCAUCCAGGCUGCAUAUCAGGCGUACGUCGAGGCUGUGGUGAAACGAUACAUUAACUCAACGGCGGUUUUCGCGUGGGAACUCGCGAACGAGCCACGCUGCACCGGCUGUGAGCCGAGUGUGUUGCAUAACUGGAUUGAGAAGACGAGCGCGUUUAUCAAGGGCUUGGAUGAGAAGCAUUUGGUUUGCAUCGGCGACGGCUCCGAUGGAAGCUAUCCCUUCCAAUACACCGAGGGCUCUGACUUUGCUGCGGCCCUAACCAUCGAUACCAUUGAUUUCGGGACGUUCCAUCUCUACCCGGAUAGCUGGGGCACAAAUAACGACUGGGGCAAGCUCUGGAUCACUUCGCACGCCGCUGCCUGCGCCGCCGCUGGAAAACCGUGUCUGUUCGAAGAAUAUGGCGUGACGUCGAACCACUGCGCCAUUGAGAAACAGUGGCAGAAUGCAGCUCUGAACGCGACGGGCAUCGCGGCCGACCUUUACUGGCAGUAUGGGGAUACCCUGAGCAGCGGUCCCUCUCCAGACGACGGGAACACGUUCUAUUACGGCAGUGAAGAGUUUGAGUGUCUUGUCACAAACCAUGUCGAGACGAUUGAGAGGAGUGCCAAGUAG